AUGACCAAGUGUCUGGCGGCUUUCAGCGCCGUUUUUUUCUUCGCUGUAGCUAACGCAGCGGCGGCUAGCUGCUCAGGGCCGUCAGAUGCGCAACCAUUGUACCGCGAUUUCACCGUCUCUGGAAACGAUCACCUCUACACUGUUGACCUUCCCGAAUCGCAGAGAGCCGUCAAUAUCCUGGGUUUCGUGUCAGAGGGCAUCCGAGCCCUCGUUUUCACCAAACAAGUCGCUGGCAGCGUCAGACUGCAUCGCCUGUACACUCCUUUCGAAAACGACCAUUUCUACACCACAAACCAGACCAACGAUGUCACGAAAGCGUUGAGUCUAGGUUAUGUUCUGGAAGAUGACCCCAGCCAACACACACCCAUCUAUGUCUAUCCAACUCCUUUGUGUGGCGCUGUUCCAUUCUACCGCUUGCUCAACCUGGGGGUCGUUAACGAAACUGUCGACCAUUUCUACACGGUGAAUGAGACCGAGAAGGACACCAUUUUGAAGUAUGGCUGGGUGCUGGAGAAAAUCGAAGGUUACGUUUUCCCAUUCGAUGCGAUCUCUAUUACUGCAACAUCCGGGAUUACCGGGCCGUCUUCUCCGAUGAUCAUGCCGCACAAGGCACCAACCCCUGUUGGGGCUAUUGUCGGCGGCACUGUUGGUGGUGUUGUUGGUCUCGCGCUCAUCGUCAUCGCUGCUCUAUACGCCCUGAGGCGGCGCCAGAGAGCCAGGGAUACUCGACUUGGCGUCUCUCCCAUCGACGUUCAAUAUUUCCCGUCCAUGUCCAAUGUCUCCAGCUCUCCUGCGUCAUCAUUAGCUGGCUCUGGCGCGGAGGCUGCCCCGCUUUCAAGCAAGCGCUACCCUGAAAGAAAUCGUCAACCGACCGUGGUUAAUCAGCAUCAUGAUAGCGGUGCUCGAUAUGUGCAGCUCCCACCAGACGAAGAAGAGUUGCCUCCCGGAUAUACCAUGAACUGA